AUGUGUGUCCACAGGGAGCCAUUAGCUUUGUCACAGACAUGCGGCAAGCAACUGACCACCAAGGCGGCCCGCAAGAGCGCGCCGGCCACCGGCGGCGUGAAGAAGCCCCACCGCUACCGGCCCGGCACGGUGGCGCUGCGCGAGAUCCGCCGCUACCAGAAGUCCACCGAGCUGCUGAUCCGCAAGCUGCCCUUCCAGCGCCUGGUGCGCGAGAUCGCGCAGGACUUCAAGACCGACCUGCGCUUCCAGAGCUCCGCCGUGAUGGCGCUGCAGGAGGCGUGCGAGGCCUACCUGGUGGGGCUCUUCGAGGACACCAACCUGUGCGCCAUCCACGCCCAGCGCGUCACCGUCAUGCCCAAGGACAUCCAGUUCCCCUGCAGAUCAACGGAGAACUUAAUGACGCCAUAGUCUCUCCCCGUCGAAAGCUGUCUUUCAGGGCCACGUACAUUUUUCUAAACAGUACUUAUGCUGUGAGCCACUCUGCUCACCACCACCUUCAGUGUUGCUAAAUAAAAUGAAUGAAAUAUUGGGUUUACAUCUGUAGAUAUGACACCAUUCUGGAGCAUGAGAAAGGUUUCUCACGUUUGGAAUGCACCUAAAAUCUGAAGUGCUGUUGCCUAAGGAGAGUUUGGCAAGGUAGUUAUUUCUAACAAACCUUGAACUAAUCAAGAUGUUUGAGGAAAUAUUUCCCAUAACCAUUGCCAUUGAAAUAUAAAGUUGCUAAUCACACAGACUGUUAAACUGCUGCCUCACAGACUUAAAAGUGUGUGUGGGGUAAGGAAAAUAUAAAUGAGGAUUAUGGUAUGGUUCCGCAAAGGGGCUGUUUAUGAGUGUUGGAGAAAUGUAGUGUGUUGCAGGCUCCUGUCAGAAACCGAGGCCUCUCAGUAAAGCUAAUAUAGUUAUAUAUGGAAAAGGGUGAUUUAACGUGACAUUACAAGUAACUUUUGUUGUUUUUGUAACUAAAUAAGGAAUAUCCCUGCCAAUGGUUUUUACUGCCUGGGUGGAAGGAUCUUGCCUCCUACUCUCUGCUGGAUGAACACUUUUAACUGAUGUCAUCUCAAAAAAAAAAAAAUGUGUACUUAACUUUUUUUCUUGAAUAUCAUGGACACCUUUGGCUAUCUGGUGACAUUUAUGGAAACCCUUCUCAGACUGUUUUAAGUGUAUAAAAUGGAAAAAUUGCAAAAAAAAUUAUGACUAUGAGUUAUCAAAGUAUUUUUAAAAAUAAAUUUGAUAGAAUUACAUGUGCUUAUGUAGUUAGCACAUUACGUAAUACAGUCUUUUGGUGAGCCUAGUAACUGCCAUCAGUAAUUAAAUGAGUAUUAAUGAUGGUUCAAGAUAACUCAUUGUUAUGAGACAUAAAACAUUUGUGAUUUCCGUUGAAUAACAAAGUAGCAGGUACUGAGGUCUGUGGCCUAAAUUCAUAAUAAAGUGUUCAAGUUCAGUCAAAGGUAAUUAAAAUAUAUUUUUUCCCAGCCAAACUCAUGGACUUACCACCACCACCGCCACCCCCUCUCCAAUUUCUAUCUUUGGAGGUAUUGUGGCAAUAUAUGGACCCCAGGUUGAAAACACUUGCUCUAAAAUUGGGCCGACCUACCCCAUUCCUUUUCAACUUAAUUAUAAUUUUUCCCUGAAACUGCAUCUUCCUAUGUGGAAUUGCUUAAGCGUUUGUAGUCUAUUAAUAUCUCAUAUUAAUAUUUGCACUCUUGUUUUUUCUAUUUCUUGUACUUAAAAUAUAACUACUUCCAGUCCCAGUAUAAAUAUGACUUCUUGGAAUAAAAACAAAUGCAGACAACAAUAUCUAACAAUGAUAAGCACUCAAAUGGCCCCACCAAAAUAGUAAAAUACUUGACUUUUUGAUAGGCUUAAAACCCAAAUGAUUUUAUUCAUUAUUCAAUUGUUCUGUCUUUAUAUCUUCUGAUGGUAGGAAAAGAAAAAUAUUUUUUCCUCUACUCUUCUGAGUUUUUGGCUGAGACCUCUGUAAUAAAAGACAGAUUUGCAUUUAUAUAACCAU